AUGCUUAUCCUCUUUGGCAACCGAUCUCGAGGAAGCGACGAUGUGCCAGGGCUGUCAUGGCGCCCUUUAAGACAACGAAGGUACCUGCCCCAACUACUGGAUCAGAAGUUUUACCUACCGUCGAGGAGCAUGAAAAUAGGGAAAAUCUCAUUGACGAGGAAGUUCCAGGAGAUAUCUCGCGCCAAUCAUCC